CACACACACACACACACACCGCAAGCAGAGAGGAACAGACCCAGUCAAGCCACGGUCCCUUAUAACACAUCUUUCUUUCUACCCACGAUGGCAGAAACGUUAUCCGAGCCGGGUAGCUCCUCAGAGGAGGCACCGGCGGCGGAGGAGGCUCCGAGCCCUGGGGACUCCGUGGAAAGAAGCAGGAGGGUGGAUCCCAUGGCUGUUCUGUGGACUUUUGGGAAGUGCCUCACGGCGCUGCUGCCUGUCUAUCUGGCUGGAUACUACCGCGUGAGCACGAGUUUGGUGGUCUUCGGGCUCGUGGUAUACUCGGGAUGGAAACACACUCGAGAGGCAAAGGAGGCUCGGCUAAGGGCGGCCAUGCAGGCCGUGUGUGAGGAGCACGGGCGCGUCUCUCUAAGAGGGGCUGAAAGUAAACGAGACCUCCCUACUUGGGUCAAUUUUCCAGAUGUAGAGAAGGUUGAAUGGCUGAAUAAGGUUCUUCAGCAGGCCUGGCCGUUCAUUGGUCAGUAUUUGGAGAAGCUGCUAACAGAAACCAUUGCUCCGUCUAUUCGAGCAUCCAGUGCACACCUGCAGACCCUCUGCUUCACCAAGAUUGACUUUGGGGACAAGGCUAUAAAGGUAGUUGGGGUGAAGGCUCAUAGAGAGAAUGAGAAGGGUCAGGUUCUGCUGGAUGUUUACAUUAGCUAUGUUGGAAACGUGGAGAUAAAUGUGGAGGUGAAGAGGUAUUUCUGCAAAGCCGGAGUAAAAGGAAUACAGCUAAAUGGGAUGAUGCGAGUAAUACUGGAGCCUUUAAUAGGAGAUAUACCAAUUGUGGGAGCAGUAACUAUGUUCUUCAUUCGAAGGCCUAAACUAUCCAUUAACUGGUCCGGCCUUACCAACCUACUUGACAUCCCAGGGCUCAAUGUGAUGUCUGAUACUAUGAUAAUGGAUGCCAUCGCCUCCUACCUGGUGCUGCCUAAUCGCCUUACAGUUGCCCUGGUUCCAGAUCUGCAUGUGGCACAGCUGCGCUCUCCUCUGCCCAGGGGAGUGGUGCGGAUUUACCUGCUGGAAGCUGAUAACUUGGCUGAGAAGGAUUCCUAUAUGAAGGGUGUGAUAGCAGGCAAGUCUGACCCCUACGCUUUAAUCAGAGUGGGGCCUCAAACCUUUAAAUCCCGACAUCAGGACAACACCCUUAGCCCAAAGUGGGGUGAGAUGUAUGAGGUCAUCGUUCAUGAGGUGCCUGGUCAGGAGUUGGAGGUGGAGGUUUAUGACAAAGAUCCAGAUCAGGAUGACUUUCUGGGCAGGAUUAAAAUCGAUUUGGGUAUAGUGAGGAAGGCGAAAGUCAUUGAUGAGUGGUUCACCCUGAAGGAUGUCAAGACAGGGCAGGUUCACCUCAAACUGGAAUGGCUAACAUUAGAGGACAACACUGAAAAUCUGGAACAGGUUCUCAAGAAAAAUGAGACAUUUUUGAGUAAAACAGCAGUCCCUCCCUCUGCAGCCAUCCUAACUGUGUAUUUGGACAAGGCGGAAGGACUUCCUAUGAAGAAGGGCAAUAAGGAUCCCAGUCCAAAGGUGCAGAUCUCUUUGCAAGACGUAAUGCGAGAAAGCAAAACAUGCUGGAACACAGUUAAUCCCCAGUGGGAAGAUGCCUUCAUGUUUUUCAUCCAAAAUCCGCUAAAACAGGAUAUUGAUAUCGAGGUUAGGGAUAAUGACAAUGUGCAGACCCUGGGCAGUCUAUCCAUACCUCUGUCUCGUCUACUCUCAUCUUCCCAGCUGAGCCUAAAUGAGUGGUUUAAACUGACGCAGUCUGGCCCAGACAGUCGCAUCCACAUCAACACUGUCCUCAGGGUGCUUUGGAUGGAUGAAAGUGCCAUUUCCUCCUCCCUUCUGGCCAGUGACCAAGACUCUCUGACCAGCAAGUGUAGAGCAUCACGACCCAAACACACCAGCCCUGAUCCCAGUUUUGCUACUGAGGGGGUGCUGCGUAUCCAUCUCCUGAAGGGACAGAAUUUGGUUCCCAAGGACAACAUGAUGGGGGGCAUGGUUAAGGGGAAAAGUGACCCCUAUAUCACAAUCAAUGUUGGGGGCAACACCUUUAAAAGUAAUGUGAUCAAGGAGAACCUGAACCCUCUCUGGAACGAAAUGUAUGAGGUGGUUUUGACUGACCUUCCUGGUCAAGACAUAUCACUAGAGGUGUUGGAUAGAGACAUGGAUAUGAAAGAUGACUUCAUGGGCAGAUUGAAGAUUAAACUGACUGACAUUGUCAAAGCCAAACAUAUUGAUGAGUUGUUUGCUCUCAAUGAUGUCAAACAUGGCAGCGUUCAUCUGGCUCUGGAGUGGCUUCCCACGGUAACACAACCUGAUAAACUGGAGAAGGUGUUGCAUUAUCAGGCAAAGAGUUCCUAUCUGAACAAGGCUGUACCUGCGGUGGCUCUGCUGUUCAUAUACUUGGAUUCUGCACAUGACCUUCCUUUGAAGAAAAGUGGGAAGGAGCCUAAAGUUGGAGCUGAACUUGUCCUGGGAGGAACUAGCCACAAAACACUGGUAUGUGAUCGUAGCAGCUCACCUAAAUGGAACGAAGCAUUUCACUUUCUUCUCAAGGACCCCUGGAAAGAGGAGCUUAUGGUGAAGCUCUCUCAUUGCUGGGAUUUUUCUCUGGGCUCUGUGGUUAUUCCUGUCAGAGAGCUGCUCUGUCAGCCAGAUCUGCUGCUAGAUCAGUGGCUAAAUUUGGAUGGAGCUUCUCCUGGGAGUCAGAUCCUCCUGAGGGCACAACUUAAGAUUCUGUGCCCAAAAGUGAUAAGUGAGAACUACGGAGAACACACAGAGACACCUGCCUCACCCACGACCUCUGUCCAGAAGACCAAACCAGCGAAGGACUUGACCCAAAAGUCCAGUGAACUAUUGGUUCCAGUCACUGUCACCUCACCUGUAAUCACGCUGGAGGAGAUAAAGUGUGAGGAAACUCCAGAUGCUUUGAUGGUCACCAGUGAAGCUGAUAUUAGACACACCACUCCAGACCCCAGGUUUGCUACAGAGGGUGUGCUGCGCAUCCACCUGCUGGAAGCUAAAAAUUUGAUUGCCAAGGAUAACUUAAUGGGAGGCAUAGUGAAGGGAAAAAGUGAUCCCUAUGUGAAGAUUAGUGUUGAAGGAACUACAUUUCAGAGCCACGUGAUCAAGGAGAACCUCAAUCCAACCUGGAAUGAGAUGUAUGAGCUGGUUGUCGCCUCUGAGCCAUCUUCAGAAAUCCUUGUACAGGUCUUUGAUAAGGACAUUGAUAAAGAUGACUUUCUGGGAAGGGUUCACAUCAGUUUGAAGGAAAUCAUUCAGACUCAUUACUGUGACCAGUGGUUCAGUCUGAAUGAUGUGAAACAUGGCUGUAUUCAUCUUGUUCUGGAGUGGGUUUCAACAGUAACCCAGCCUGAAAAGCUACAACAGGCAUUACAGCUACAAUCCGUCCAUACCUUCCAAAAUAAAGCCUUACCCUCUGUGGCUCUGCUCUUCAUCCUUAUUGAGAGAGCUAAAGCACUACCAAAGGAGAAAGGUGGAAAGGAGCCUAAAGCUGGAGCAGAACUUUUUCUUGGAGUGACCUCUUACAAAACCAAGGUUUGUGAUCGUUCUACCUCUCCUCAGUGGGGUGAGGCUUUCCACUUCCUACUUCAUAAUCCCAAUGAGGACAACCUCAUCAUUAAGAUCCAAAGUCGAUGGGAGGAGCCACUGGGUUCACUGGUUCUCCCAGCCAGAGAGCUUCUCUCAAAGCCAGAGCUUUUGCUGGACCAGUGGCAGAGUCUGAAUGGGGCAGGACCUGAGAGCCAAAUCCUCCUGAGGGCACAACUCAAGAUUUUAGCAUCAAUGAUGGAUAGAAAUGUUACAAAGCCCAUUGAAAAACACAUUGAGAAACCCAUCGAAAAGCAUUCUGAUAAACCUGCUGAAAAUCCUGCUGGUGCUGACAUUUUGAUGGGUGGGAGGGGUGAAGAGAGACUGCAGUCUACACCAGCAACCAGUCAGGAGAUCAAGCCAACUCCAAGGCUUAAUGAGCUUGUGGUCUCUACUGUACGAGUAGCUGUUACACAUCCUGAAGAAAAACAGUCACCUGCAGCAGAUGAUUCAAAUAAGGUCCUGCCAUGUGUGUCCACUGUGGAAGGAGACAGGGAGGAACCAAUCACCGCAAGUCAAUCAGAAUCUAAAGACAAAAUUGAGCAGGAACACUCAGACAAAACGACUGAGCAUACUGUGCCUGUCAAACCGCCUACUGCUGAAGAGAUGAAAGAGGCCACCACCUCCAGAUACUCACUGCCACAACAUACCAAUCCUGACCCUAGCUUUGGCACUCAGGGGGUGCUGCGCAUCCACCUGCUGGAGGCUCAGAAUUUGGUUGCCAUGGACAGCCUGAUGGGGGGCAUGGUAAAGGGGAAGAGUGACCCCUACGUGAAGAUCAGUGUUGGGGGCACAACCUUGAAGAGUCACGUGAUCAAGGAGAACCUAAACCCCACUUGGAAUGAGAUGUACGAGAUGAUUCUCAGUGUCGACCCUAACCUAGAAGUGAAAUUUGAGCUCUAUGAUAAAGAUAUUGACUCUGAUGACUUCCUUGGAAGAUUAAAGAUCAAACUUGGAGAUAUUAUCAGAUUCCAGUAUCAUGAUGAGUGGUAUAAUCUGAGUGAUGUGAAACAUGGUAAUCUUCAUCUGGUUCUGGAAUGGGUGCCCACAGUAACCCAGCCUGAAAAGUUCCAGCAGGUGCUACAGAUGCAGAAUUCUCUGUCGUACCAGAAUAAAGCUUCACCUUCUGCAGCUCUGCUGUCCAUACUUAUUGAGAGAGCAAAAGCGCUACCAUUGAAGAAAAGUGGAAAGGAGCCUAAAGCUGGAGCUGAACUUACUCUUGGAGGAACAUCCUAUAAAACAAAGGUGUGUGAUCGUACCACCUCCCCUCAGUGGCACGAAGCAUUCAACUUCCUUAUUCAUGAUCCAAGCAAAGACAUGCUUGUUAUUAAGCUCUCAAGUGGUUGGGAUCAGCCCAUGGGUUUUCUGGUUCUUCCACUGAAAGAACUGAUUUCAAAGCCAGAGCUUCUGCUUGACCAGUGGCUGAGUUUGGAUGGAGCUUUGCCUGAAAGUCAGAUCCUCCUGAGGGCCCAGCUAAAGGUCUUGAACUCGAAGAUGGCAGCCCUCGUAGCAAUGGGAGCUGGGCCUGUUCUGAGCAAUAAACAGGCAGCUACGACUGGCCAGAUCAGGCUUUCUCUCUCCUACCAGAAGAAACUGACUGUUGUUGUUCACGCCUGCAGAAGCCUGGUUACAGCGUCCAAAGAAGGGCUAGACACCUAUGUCUCACUGAUUCUCCUGCCAGAUAAAAACAAGGCCACAAAGAGAAAGACAGCUGUGAAAAAGAAAGACCUGGAUCCUGAGUUUAAUGAGAGGUUUGAGUUUGACUUGAGCGCUGAUGAAGCUCGGGAGCGUGUGCUAAGCGUGUGUCUGAAGCACAGUGUGUCCUUCAUGGCUCGGGACAAAGACGUCAUUGGUCAGGUGCAGAUAGAUCUGGCGCAGGUUGAUUUUCACUCAGGUGUUACAAAAUGGUUUGACUUGAAGGAAAACAACAACUAGCUGAAUGAAUGAUCAAAUUCUUCUGACCAUCUUUCAAGGUCACACCAGUCCAACUUAUCACACGGAUGCCUUUCUGUGCUCUACUGUUUCUGCCUGCCUUGCUUUUGAGUCAAUCAGUAAAUCACUUAUUGUUCAUAUAAUAGAAAGUCAGUGAUGUUUCAGUGAGAGAUGAAUAUUAGACAAGAAAAAUAGUCAAUCUACAUCAGUUUUAAAAUUGCCAAUAUCUGUUUAAACAGGAGGCCAAAGUUACUUUGUUACUUUUUGUGUUUACAGUGUUAGGACUUCUGAACAUGUUGUCCAUUUCUGCCACUAUAGUUUGUAUUUGGCUGUUUAUUCUUUAUAUGUGUGUGAAUGUAAAACAGUCUGAGCACUCAGAACAGAAUAACUUGAUUUGUUGACUGACUGAUAACAUUGACAGAUACUAAAGAGCAAAUGACCAUGUGCUUCUAAAGAUGGAAGAAACAGUACAUGUAUGGAUUGCCUGUGAGCAGCAGAACCUGCUUCACAACUAAAUCCAGGAAAAUGUUUUAUAAUCUCACUUGGCUGUCAUUAGUUUCAUGCUGGCAAGGCUCUUUUCAAGCUUUAAGAAUAAACUCUUGUAUCCUUCAUCUAAAAUCACAGCAGCUAGCUGUCUAGUACUUAACCCUUUCUUGCCAGGUAUAGGAUGAAACUUCCGUUGCUGCAAUGCUGUAGAAACCUGUAUGACAAAUGCCAGUGGCAGACUGGCAAAUCUAGACUCAGUCUUGUUUUGACACAAUAACGAAUACUUUUAAGAAAAUUGGUUUAAAUAAGAUGAGCACUUUAUUAAAACUGACUUAAAGGCUUAAAUAUACUCCAUAUAGGCUCAUUGUAAUCACUGGUAAAAAAUAAAAAGCAUGUCUGACAUCUUG